UUUGAGGUCAUUUCAUCUAACCUAUUCUUCCUGAAAUUAUAUAAAAUAAUACGUUUUCUUGACAUUGAAAAGAAGACUGGUUGAUCGGUUGCAUAUUAAAAAUUUGAUAUUAAACUUUAACAGAAAAGAGAAAUAUUUUUGUGGAAAAAGUAAUUCAUGUUGAUUUAUGUCAGCGAAGACAGAAUGAUGUUUCACUAAUGAUGACGAAUCGAUUUCGAAACUAGACAACAUGUCUAAAUUAAAGGAAAAACAAUUUACGAUUACUUUAACACUACUUUCGAUUUUAAUCCUGCAGAGAUGUCACGCAUACAUGCAUCCAAAUAUACUUUGGGAUCCACGAAACCCAAUAUUUAACACCACAAAGUGUGGAGAUAAUGCAAGAAAGUUCAGUGCCUAUAUUGAUGACUCAGUGACAGUUCUAUGUGGAAAUUCAGAAAUAUUGAAUACUUUUACUGAUAAACAAAUCAAUCCUGCAAAUUUUCAUUAUAACAUGUUUGUUACAACAGAUAUCGAAACAUACAACAACAGAAAUGGACAGAAAGCAAAAAAAAUUCACACGUGUCAAGUGAAACAAGCUGUCAUGAAGAACAUGGCAUAUACAACGUUGGACACGUUUCUCCUUCUUUCCAAAUUUAAAGGAGAUAUUAACGAGUGGACAAACAUGAUUGAGAAGACAUAUUACUUUUUCACAACUUCAGAUGGAACAAAGAAGAGUUUAAGUAACAAAGAAGGAGUAAACGCUACCAAAGAUAUGCGGUUUGAAUUGUAUAUAUGCAACGCUACUUCAAAGAUAUGUCCAAAUAGAGAACGUGUGAAUGUUUGCCCAGGAGAAUUACCUCUCAGUUAUACACAAAGAAGCAGUGAUGAUCACAUAAAUAAUGAUUCUGUUUUGUCAAAACAACCGGCGUACAUUGUGUUUUUGGUGGCAUCAGUGGCAUUAAUGGUUGGUUUCAUGUUGGGUAUUGCUUUCACUGUGUUUCGAAAAAAAUACAAAAAAGGUAAAAGACGACAGGUCGAAAAUGGAUCAUACCAACGACAGGAGUCAAAAGUUAGCUCAAGUACUGCUUCUUCCUCGCCGCCGACAAGCUUGACAUCUGUAGAGGACAAAACUUUAUUGUCACAAGGUCCUGGCCACCAGGUAUAGACAACGAUGCAUCAAACAUGAAACCGACCUUGAUAAAUAAUGUAUAUAUGUAAUGUAUUCCAAACAUAGUCAUAUCUCAAUGAAGCCUCAUCUUACUUUCGCAAAAAGCUAAUAACGUUACCAGUUACUGGUAAUAUUGCAAAAGAUUCCUGCUUAAAUUGGUCAAAAAUUCUCUUUCUGCAAUUUCUCGAAGUUGUUUAUUUAUUUACACGUCAAAUAUUAUUGCAAUGUGCAUUUGGAUCCUAUGUUUGGAAGAAAAGUUAGAACUGUAAAGUUAAGGUGCAAGUUUUUUUUUUAUUAUUAUUUAUUUUUAAUAUUUUUAAAAAUAACUGCAUUUUUUUAUAAUUUAAAGGAAUUAAUUUAAGGAAGAUGUUUUAUUCUGCUUAUUAGCGAAAGUUAUAUCACUCAUUUUUUGCAUGUUAUAUAAUCAGAAACCAAAUCUUAAAUCCAAAAUUUUAAUCCAAGUUUUGUUGGAGCGAUUUUGUUCUUUGGUUGCUUUAAGACUACUAUAUGGAUUAAUAUCGCCUGGCUUUUAUUUUUCUUCAUAAAAAUGCAUGGAUUAACCCGAUCUCUUGUCUACGUGAAAAAUAAUCCACUUAAGGUAUAACGAAGAAUUUAUGAAGUCAAAUAUAAAAUAAACGGUGAAAUAUAAAUAGUAUUUAAGAUACAUAUAUUUUCGAGAAAGCAAUAAUUGUAUUAUACUGUAUAUAUUACCAUCAGGUCUUCUAAAGUUUUAUUGGAGGGCGUUUAACAACCUCGUUCCCAGGGUUUUUGCCUCUUUGACAUCGAGGUGUCUUAAUUUUUGUUCUUUUUAAUUGUUAGAAUUUUUUUGUUUGUUGUUGUUUUUUGUUUAGAUAAAAAAAUCUAUGGAUGUACAUUUCUUUCAUAUCACAUGGUCACAUGUUUUUUUAGAAUAAAUUGCAUUGCAGUU